UGCUGGUGGUCCCCUUUGAUGUGAUGUUGAGAGUGUUUCGGCUGGGGACCGUGCAUGACACAAGGUAGGAUAGUUGUUUGAGCACUUGUGAUAUCGAGGAGGGCCAGGUCCCAGCGGAUAUCAGGACUACCGCUAUCCGCCGUCGGUGCCGCUGCUGUUGGACGUCAAGAAGAAGGUCGACAAACUACUCGAGCUACAGACGAGUGCGAGGUGACGGUAAGGCACCACACACACGGGCAAUGGGAGUGGUUGACGUGAUGCUUUGUGUGUGGCGUGUCAUUUGUGUGCAGGCAACUGUUUUACCGUGCCCUCGCUUUCGGCCUCCGUGAACUGCGAGAUGCUGGCGAGUACGCCUUCGAUGUGCCCGACGACUGUGAAGACACAGUGGGGGCGCCUGCAACGCCUCAACGGGACCGAUCUAUACUGGCACCUGAUGACUGACAGCGACCUGGACAAAGCCAUAGGUGGGUGCACAGCCCGCACCCUCCCCACAGCAGACAUUCUUGACCGUUCUUUUCUCUCCCUCCUCUCCUUGGUUUUCUUCGCCGUGUGGUGGCGAUGUUCAUGGUCGACCACAAGGAUGGCGCGCUCACCAUCUCGGAGUACGUCCAGACGCACCCCUUCCGCGGGAGCCCGGAGGACUGCUACGGGCAGAAGUACGCUGCAGAUGGGUAAAUGAUGGGGAAGGGGGAGCUCUGGGUGGGUGGGGGUAGUGGUCACUGUGUCUGUGUCUGUAUGAAUGUGUGUGUGUGUGUGUGGUUGGUGGUUGCCGUGGCUUCGAUAUGUUUCAAGAUCAGAAUCCGCAUCGUGCUGUUGGUAAGUGACUGACAGGACAACAAUACCAAUAUCGACUACACACGCCUUUCUCGCUCGACUCGCGUGUGUAUGCUGUGUGUGCGUCAGGACAACUCGGCUGGUGUCUGCCCGAUCUACGAGUAACCCGAGGACAACUCCUCUCCCGGCACCACAGAGACAACUGUGGUCCCCUUCUUCCGGCCGUGCCACUACGACCUCCUCUACGCCAAGUACGUAGCCAUAUGCACACAGUUUUGACAUCUUUGUGCUGUGCUAUGGUUCGACGUCAUGCCCACAGUUCCCAGUAGCGCCGUUUCAAAGAGUUGAGCGCGUUUCAGGGCGACUGUAGCAACUGCAACCUCUACACCACAGUGCUAGCACAGGUACGUGACCACCACACACCACAAGACCACAUCACACUUCACCUCACUGGCCCGAUGUGUCUAUCGUCUUUGUUGCACAGGACAUGCUGAUCUGCUUCCAUCGUUUGUGCGUCAAGUGCAAGCAGAGCCAUGGGCGAGGAGAGGCCGUAAGGAAGCCGGCCCCUCACACACCAUACACACACACUCACACACUCGUUCAGGGCUAUCUAUGUGUUCGUUGGUCCUGUUUGUUUGCAGGACUCGGUGGAGGACCUGCAGUGCCCUGUGUGUCAGCACUCGACCGCCGAGGGAGCUGACGCCGCCAAGCAGUGCCCCAUUUGCACAUGUCGUGAGGACCUGCUCAAGCUCCCCUGCUGCAAAUAG